AUGGACUUGGAAGAUGAUCACUUGCUUCAAGGCACAAUAUCUCGGAAACGAUGUUGUCUCUGUGGGAGUGCAAUCCUCGGCGAGUUUGAGAUGCCAUUGUGGAUGUGUCAAUUCCACACAGUCUACGCUACCGACACAGAUGUAAAUGCGAAAGCAUAUCUAUCUACGUCUGGGCGCAGGCGAGGGAGUUCCGAUGUCAUAAACAUUGAGCUUUCGGACAGGAAAAUACACAACAAGCGAACUCUCGAGGUUAACCUCAUACCCUACGCUCUUACAAACUUCUCCCAAAACUCAUUUGUAGUAGAUGUUGGCCCGGAUGCAUGGGGAUAUCCAUUCCAUUCUGCUUGCUGGAAGUUGCUAACAAACUAUCGACGUAUGGAUCAGGAGGAUCUCCAGUCGCUGUUGAAUCUCUGCCGCUCACAGCCAAUACAAGCUGGUAUGUUGAACUUUGGUCAUGAAUAUGGAGGAAGAGCCAGAUUCGAUCUCGCGGUGGCCCCAGGCGAGGAGAACUUCCUUACCUCUUCGCCCGUUGUCUUGGGUAUGGAUGUCAACCCCUGCAAUAUUGUCGAGCUUUGGCAAAUAUUUGACAGCUCUGCACACGAUGCACCUGAACCCCCUCGUCACGAAAUGCCGAAGAUUGAGCCAUUUGCCAAGAUCUACCAACCCGAUACUUUUGCUGUGCUACCUACGGACAUACUACUAACACUCGUCGACCAUCUUACUCUUCCAGAACUGUCUCUUGUGAAGCAGGCAUCGCGUACUUUUGCUAACCUUCAACUUCCCAACUGGUUCUGGAAGAAAAGGUUCCUGCCAGGACGAGAGUUUGACUACAUAUUCGAGGCACAAGACUACUCGGGUGGAAACUGGGAGUCGGUAUGCAGAGCUAUCAACGCUGCGAAAUCGAAUGGAACUGUGCGUUAUACGCUUCACCUUCGACGACUUAUUUGGGACCUAUGCACUCCUUUAGACAAGGCGCUCAGAGUAAUGCGCCAGGUCGGCUGUGAUGGAAACCCUGUCAGAUCCGCUUACGAACAAGAUGCCCCUCCAGAGGAAAUCAGUUGGGUGACCGUCGGCAGAACGGAAAAGUCCCCAGCCCAACUGCGCGCAAGAGGAUCAAGGAUUAUUCAUGAGCGGGUUCUCGAGGUCCCUGCCGAGACAUGCACUAUUUAUGCAUCUACGGUCGAAAUCUUUGGAGUGUCCUACAUUUCUGGAUUAAGGAUUCAGGACAAUACCGGAAGGUCCCAUUUACUUGGUUUCCAGCACCCACAGAACGAGACAUUACUUGCUGAGGGACAAGGGGGAAUGCGAAUUCUAGGCUUCGAUGUUGCGCUCGAUCAGCGUGGAGUGAGAGGGCUUGCGUUAGUCCUGCAUACGGGAGGGAAAGCUAACUGGGUUGGAGAUUUCAAAAACGUUCCUAAGCGAAUGCUACGAUCAUAUUCUUGCCGCAGCGAGGUGGUCAGCUUGUUGAAGGGCAGGUUCGAUGCUACCAAGCUCGUGACAUUUUCUGUCAACGAUGCUGCUCCCAUUAACGAAAGCACCUUGUAUCAUGAACGAAGAAUGCCGAAAUUGUGGUAUCCUGACCUACCAGAAUUUGGGUUAUCGUUCCCAGGAAGCAACAAAGCUUUAUCACAAAGCAAUAGAUCCGAUUUGGCCAUAGAUCAAGAUUUGCCUCUCUGUUUCAAACUAUUUGGCGGCUCAAAUCCUGAGAGACUUACAAAAAUCACCGUCCGGCACCGUAUUCAUGAGGAGGAUAUGCUCAAAAUUGAGUCCAUUUCUAUGAAGUCGACGGAUGACAAGGAAGAUACCGAACUAGGCUUCAGACGCACAGAUGACAGAUAUAGCAAAUACUACGAUCUCAACCGCGAGCAUGAAGAAAGUCUAGUCAUUGAUGGCCCUGGCGGAGAACGAGUUCAAAGUGUGAAAACGUGGUGGUUGGAAGAGAGGCUAGUGGGAUUCACGCUGGACACUAAUCGGGAUCGGUCUGCGACAUUCGCUGGCGGGUUGGAUGUUGAGAAGCACAAGGAGGUCAGGAUGUCCGUUACCAAUGUGGAAGAACAUAAGGUGGUUGGAUUUUGGGCAACAAUGGAAACGGAGGCAGGCUUUGUUGAUUUCGGACUUGUUCUGCGUUGA